GCAGUGCUGAGAGGCGGGUGAAUGGGGGUAGCGCCGGGCACGGCACAGAUGGCGCAUGAGCGCCAAGGCCAUGGUGGAUAGCGACAGCGCACAGUGCCUGCUGAUGAGGGUAUUGGCGGAGGCAGAGAAGGGGAGGGCCAUGUGGCGAGAGAUACAUGGAGGCGUGGCGGAAAGGCAUGUGCAUGGGGAUGAGGACGGGCGGAUGGGGAUGAGGACGGGCGGAUGGGGAUGAGGACGGGCAGAUGGGGAUGAGGACGGGCAGAUGGGGAUGAGGACGGGCAGAUGGGGAUGAGGACGGGCAGAUGGCGCAUUGACCGCGGCGAAUGGCAGCGACGGCACACAGAGCGUGGUGAAGCACAUGCUGGUCGGGGCGGAGAGGCGGAGGGCGAUGGGGCGGAGCAGAGCAGAGCAGGGCGCAGCUCGCGAGGGCUGGAGAGGCGGCAGACGCGGCGCGCAUGCUGGGCAGGGGAAGGGUGAGGCGCGCGAAGAGAGGAAGAUGGGAGGAGGCGUGGCGCAUUGGUGCAGUGACUGUGUUGCCCGUGUUGACCGUGUUGCCUGUGUUGACCGUGUUGCCCGUGUUGCCCGUGUUGCCUGGCUGUGGGGUGUGGAGCAUGAGGAAGGUGGAGCAUGAGGAAGGGAGGGCGGCGUGGGUGGAGAUGGCUGGAGGCGCGGCGGAACGAUUGGGUUUACGGGGCGUGGUGGGUGCCAGCAGGGAGAGAGGCGGGCGCAUGGGGAGAGGCGGGCGCAUGGGGAGAGGCGGGCACAUGGGGAGAGGCGGGCACAUGGGCUGCUUGAAGCGCCGCUCCGCCGCCAGGCCCGGGCAAGUGCCCCCUUGUUCCUUUGUCCCGCGUAUCCUCCCCUGCUCCUCUUUACUUCCAUGCAUGUGCCCUUCGUUGCCGCGUGCCCUUCGUUGCCUCAUGCCCAAGAGCCUCGCGCCUCUGUGCUCUCCUCCCCCCCUAUUCCCACUCCCUGCCCGCCCCAUUACAAACCCUCGCACCAACAUUUGCGACAGCACCUCGCACCAGCACCUGCUCCCAUCACACCAGGCAGGGGCAACGCUCCUGUGCGAGCUGCCAUUCGUGCUCCUCGCCGUGCCCGUGGUGCAAGGGAAGGCGGCAGCCUGUGCGGCAGCGGUGAGAGGAGAGGAUAGGGCAGGAGGUGCUGCAACCGACUUGUGGCGCGCUGGGGGGGACUGCUGCUGCUGGGGAGCUGCUACUGCUGGUCCGACUCCGAUGUACUGCCAUCGCCCCGAUGGAGGGCAGGAUGUACUGCCAUCGCCCCGAUGGAGGGCAUAGGGCCUGUCACAUACUGAUGACAAAAUAUUCAACACUUAUGGGUGUGGAAUUCGAUGGAAUGCUCAAGCCAAGCACAUAGUGAGGAGGUUGAAGCAAAAAUUUGACUCAAUGUUAAGCAUUAAUGUUGAGUUGAGGUAGAGAAUGGGUCGCGCUGUACUCGCAAAUUUCCUCUGCUCUGCUCUGACACGUGGGGGCUUUAUCCGCGUCCCAAAGUGUGUAUGACAUUUGUUUCAGUACGGUCCA